GUGAAACUUAGGGUCUGAAAGUUGCUUGCUUCUACUCCCUCCGUUCGGAAUUACUUGUCAUAGAAAUGGAUGUAUCUAGAUGUAUUUUAGUUCUAGAUACAUCCAUUUUCGAGACAAGUAGUUCCGAACGGAGGGAGUAGUAAUCUAGUCAAAUCUCUCUCCACCGUCGGAUCUGCUUGAUCCAAAGGUCCAGCAGCAUUCUUCCUCCUCCUCUAGCAGCAGCCUUCUUCUUCCUCUGCAUCUUCUUCUCCCGCAGCAACCUUCAUAUUCCUAGGAUCAACCCUCUACCACGCCUCCACACCAAUAGCAAACUUGUAGUGGAGACUAUAUGGAUGGGAUUACAUAGUUUCAAUCUUUCAUGUUUCUAGGUGCCGCAGCAGUUGACCGAUGUUGCAUUCCGUUACUAUUUUCAUUUCUCAGGAAGAAGAAGAGGAGGAUCGGCCUGUAAUCCUGCUCACCUGCUGGGUGCGAGAUAGCGGCAGCAUGGAUUUCGAACUCCGUGUUAUCGAAGCUAUCACAAACAACUUUGCAGACGAUCAGAUAGUUGGCAGCGGUGGAUACGGAGUUGUUUACAGGGCGACCCAUGAAGGGGAAGAAAUUGCCGUGAAGAAGCUUCGUCAACUGCCAGGACUCGAUGAUAAGCAGUUCGACAGCGAGUUCCGCAACCUUCGUAACAUACGCCACCAAAAUGUUGUGCGGCUAAUUGGCUACUGCUACGAGUCUCGGCAUAAAUACAUGGAUCACAACGGGGAUCUUGUUUUCGCUCAAAUAAUGGAGCGAGUGCUCUGCUUCGAAUAUAUGCACGGCGGAAGCCUCGAUCAACACAUUCAAGAUAAAUCUUGUGGACUUGAGUGGCCCACAUGUUACAAGAUUAUUAAAGGUACUAGUGAGGGACUAAAUCACCUUCACAACUCCCAGGGAAAACAUAUUUACCACCUAGACUUAAAGCCUGGAAAUAUUUUGUUGGAUGAAAGUAUGACGCCCAAAAUUGGAGAUCUUGGUUUGUCAAGACUCGUUGCUUCAACAAAAACACGACAAACAGAGAUGCGCGAUGGAACACUCGGGUUCAUGCCACCGGAGUACAUAGACGGUGGCUUUAUAUCAAAGAAGUUUGACGUGUUCAGUUUGGGCGUCAUAAUUAUAAAAAUAUUGGCCGGGGCUAAGAACUACAUCCGGUGUUCUGAAAUGCCCCCGGAACAGUUUAUCCAGCUUGUCAGUGAAAACUGGACGAAAAAGUUGCAGGAAAAGACAGGACAUUCCUCACACGAAAUAGACAUCCUAGGAGUGACUUCAUGUGUUGGGAUUGCACUAAGGUGUGUGGACAACGACAGAAACAAAAGGCCAUGUAUCAACGAUAUUGUGGAUGAACUGAAUCAACUAGAAGCCAAGCUUAAAGCAAUGUCACUAGCUUCUGAUGUGUCAAAAGACCUCACUGCUGUCCAGAGCAGCUGUGACACGAACAUUAUGUCGGUGGAUCCGACCAUGGAGCUGCGGUUCCCCUUUGAGCUAAGGAAGGAGGCGUCGUGCUGCCUACAGCUGACCAACAAGACGGGUGGCUUCAUCGCAUUCAACAUAGAGAUCAACCCGAACAAGUACAGUGUGCGGCCAAGCCAAGGGACGAUGCCGCCGUGCUCCAGGCGUUAUGUUGUCGUGACGCUGUCAGCGCAAGAGGUGGCACCGCAAUACAUGCGAUGCGAGGACAUGCUCCUCGUGCAGAGCACCGGUGUCAGCCAAGAUCUUGGUGAGAUCAACUAUCAAGAAUUGUUCAAGACGACCAUGGCGAAUCAGGUGGUUGAUGAGGUGAAGCUGCCGAUCGCUUAUGUCACAUUAGACCAGUAGUAUUAUCCACCAAGAACCGGGAGUGGCUCUGGUGGCAAAGCGAUGUGUUGGUAAAUUCAGAUAAAUGUUGAGUUGUUGUCUGGGAAAAGGUGUUGUUUUGAGGUCUGUUUAAUUGUAUGUUCUUUGAUUAUGUUGUCUUUGAUUAGCUAC